UAUCUCUCGCCUGGAAAAAGCUUAAAUUAAAAUUUGAAACCCUCUCCUAAUUUUGUUUGUUGCUUGUUCUAUUUAUGCCAAUUUCUAUUGCAAAGCUUUCUGUUUUAUUAACCUCUGUAAUUUUAAUGGCUAUUUCCUCAUUCGGCUCAUCUCUGUCGUCGUCGUCUUCUUCUUCUUCUUUUCUUAUUUUCCUUCAAUUUUAUUCUCUUCAUCUUUUGUUUUCUGCUGAAUCCUAUACUUUUCAGAUUCCUAGUCGACCCUGUAUCGUCUUUUGACGCGGAGCUACAUAACAACCGCAGCAGCCACAAGCCAUGGGAAGACGUAAUGCUCAGCGUAAAAAUAUUGCCAUGUUAGAUUCUGAUGACGAUGAUAAUAGUAGUGUGAGUUCCUCAUCUACUAUUAAAUCGGAUCGCUUGUCGGUGUUGGGAACCAAGGAAGUUCAGCUUGAUAAAGAUAGUUUAUUAGAACAGGCUUUAGAUGCUUUAUACGAGAAGAGGGGUUCGACAAGAGAGGGAGCUUUGGCAUCAAUUAUUGACGCAUUCAAUAGCAAUAUGCAGCAUCAAUUUGUGGAAAAGAAUUUUGCUACUUUAUUACAUCAAUGUCUUAGUUGUAUAAAAAAAGGUUCGAGCAAAGAGAUAGCUCUAGCUUCUCAUGCCAUUGGAUUGUUGGCUUUGACAGUUGGCUGUGGUGAUAAUGCACAUGAAAUAUUGGAAGAGUCAGUCAUUCCUCUUUCCCAAGCUCUUAAAUCUAGGUCUGAAUCCUCAAAGAAGCUACUGGAGUGUUUGGCUGUUGUCACUUUUGUUGGAGGAAAUGAGCCAGCAGAAGCUAAGCGCUCAAUGCAAAUCAUGUGGCAACUGGUAAUUGCUGGCAAAUCUACUGCGCCUGUAAUAACAGCAGUGGUGUCUGCCUGGGCCUUUCUUCUAACAACCAUGGAUGAACGGACACUUGAUCCUAAAGAUUGGCAAGAGUCAAUUUCUUUUUUUUCUGAUCUGCUGGAUAAGGAUGACCGUUCGAUACGCAUUGCAGCUGGUGAAACACUAGCUUUAAUUUUUGAGAUGGAAGGUUUAGAAAAGUUUACUGCUGAAGCUGAAGGUUCUACUGAUGGCUCAGUUCAAGAAGGGAAAAAAUCUUGGGAAGAAUUUACACAAGUACAAGGAUUGAAAACUAAAAUCCUAAAUCAAGUAAGAAGCCUUUCUGCAGAGGCAGGUGGAAAAGGAUCCAAUAAGAAAGAUCUUAGUAACCAGCGGAACUUAUUUAGGGAUUUCUUGAAGUUUCUUGAGUAUGGUUAUUGCCCUGAAACCUCAAUGAAGAUUGGAGGAAAUUCACUGCAGACAUCUACAUGGUCUCAACUGAUCCAGUUGAACUUUUUAAAGCACUUUCUUGGCAGUGGGUUCAUUAAGCACAUGCAGGAUAAUGACCUCCUCCAUGAUAUCUUUGGGUUCAUGCCUAAGAAGAAAUAUCUUCAAGGCGUUGAGCGUAAGAUGUCUAAUAGUGAAAAGAGGAUGUACAAGUCCCCAAAUUCAGUCCUCAACAAAGCCAGGACCCAGUUUCUGAACAAGCAGCGGAUGUUGUCUAAGGCUAGAAAUGUGGGAUAUUUUGCUUUUAAUAUCGACGACUAAGAAGCAUGAGGUCCCCAAUUCUAUCAAUGCAUUGGCUAAGGCUAGUUAGUAAACAUCUACAGGAAUUGUGGUUGAGGUUAAUUUCGUUUUAGUGACGUGUGGACAAGAAAAUGGACUUUUCUGGGAAUUAUACAUAUUAUUUGAAGAAAUCAUUUAAUUGAUGUUCCUGGCUAAGAUUAUACACAGAUGAGAAUGUUGUCUUGUCUGAUGCUAUGGGUUCUUUUGACGGAGAUAAAUUGUGAAGCCCAAACACAAGCAUGAUCUCUCUCCCCAUAACAUAAGCUGGGACAACCUUCGUUUUGUUGUCGUUGCAUUGUUGGGAUGACGACCUGACUUAUAAUUUUGUGUCGAUGAUUAUUAUAUUAUAUGAAGGGGUUAAU